AUGGCUCAAUAUUCUUCUCAUCUCUUAUGCUUAUUGCUCUCAAUCAUCUCGAUACUAUCUUUCGGCCAAACCGAAGCCACUACAAUCGCAAGUUUGGUGCCAAAAUCGCUAUACGACUCAAUGUUCAUCCACAAGGAUAAUACCGCUUGCCCCGCAAAUGGUUUCUACACUUAUGAAUCUUUCGUGGAAGCAACGAGGCGGUUUCCAAGAUUCGGGAGUGUGGGAAGCCUUGAGACACGGCGGCGCGAAGUGGCUGCGUUUUUGGCUCAAAUUUCACACGAGACGACAGGAGGAUGGCCAACCGCACCGGACGGACCGUACGCUUGGGGAUUGUGUUUUAAAGAAGAAGUGAAUCCACAAAGUAAUUAUUGCGAUUCUUCUAAUACGGAGUGGCCUUGUUUUUCUAACAAGACGUACCAAGGAAGAGGUCCAAUUCAACUCUCGUGGAAUUACAACUACGGACCGGCCGGUCGAGCUCUAGGAUUCGACGGUCUAAGGAAUCCAGAAACGGUUUCGAAUAAUUCAGUGAUAGCUUUCCAAACAGCACUUUGGUUUUGGAUGACUGAACAGAGUCCAAAACCGUCGUGCCAUGACGUCAUGAUCGGAAGAUACAGACCUACGACGGCUGAUUUGGCGGCUAACCGGACCGGUGGUUUUGGUUUAACCACAAACAUUAUAAACGGCGGUUUAGAGUGUGGGAUUCCUGGAGACGGGCGGGUGAAUGACCGGAUCGGGUAUUUUCAGAGAUAUGCUGGGCUGUUUAAUGUAGCAACUGGGCCGAAUUUGGACUGUGAGAAACAAAGGCCCUUCGCUUAA